AUGCUAAGGGCGAGAGGGGCGACGGUGUGUGGGUGUGAGAGAUGUGGCAAUGUAGGGGUGAGAAGGUGCGAGGCUCGUAGGCUGGAGUUGGGAGCUUGGUGUGUGGGUGAGGCUGGUGGGGCGGUGGGCGAGAGGAAGCUAUGCGUUCUUGGUGUGGGAGGGGGAUGGCUAGUGGAGUGGGUGAGAGAAAGAGCUACGAGCGUGAGUGUGAGGGUUGGAUGUGUAGGAACUUUUGAUGGUUGUGUUUCAAGGCUGGAGUGGUUGGUUUUGUGGUAUGGGAAAGAGGUCGAAAUGGGAGAUUUUGUGGCAUGGGAACCAGCUUAG